AUGGCACCUGCCAUGCUUCUCUACCCGACAUUCACCGAGACCUGCUCAACGUACCAACGGCAAGGGCUGAUCGCGUUAUAUCGCCUGAUGCCACUCGUACUCGCAUUUUCUCAUCCAUCCUUUGUCUGGCUCCAAGGCAAGAUCUCAAAGUCAUUGGGCUUGAAAUUGGAGCAACCAGGCUCGAACAAAUUUAUCACAACAUCUUUACUCAUCUCGGCGACUACAGCCGCGGCUGGGCACUUAUGGGCGUUGACAUGUUCAGAAGACGGAGGCAUACGUCGAACGUUUUCACCUGCUGCUUAUAUCAAUCCAGCAUCCCCUACAGUAUUCGCCGACGGUGCUCGAGACUUUCUCCAAUGGGACAUUUUUAUCAUCGCCGCGGCUUUAGUUCCUUUGACGGAUCUCAUCCUGAGAUCAUCUCACUCUUUCAAAAGCCUUCGGAAGCGAAACAAGUGGUUCCAAGUUCUGGCGGACUCAUUCAUUGGAAGAAUAGCUGGUCUCACUCUUGCCAGUAGUAUCUUGUCACCAGGCGCGGUCUUGGCCUUUACCUUGGCGAUCAGAGCUGACCAAACAUGA